UUUCAGUCGUGUCAUACUCCAGUCAUGUACUCUGUAUGCUGCAAGAUGAGAUAUACAACAUGUUGUGUACGUAGUCAAUGGAGUACCCCUGGAGUCGUCACCCGCGCCACAUUGACGCCCGUCAUACAUGUCACAGCCAGGGACGAGAGCCCUGAUGGCGCCUGUCUCGUUGUCUUACUGGCUGCCAGCUGGCGCUCCCGUAGGGGUUCGCAGGGGUGCUGCCAUACUUGAACCGUUGUAGCUUAGUGCCAGGGGCCCCCUAACAAGGCUGAGUCCUAGCCUCAGGCUUCUUUUGCUCGUGUUUCAUACCAGGAAAUCUGGUCUGGGGGCAGUUUUUGGUUGGAUUUCCCCGCCAGCAUGACAUGCCAAACUCAGUAAUGAAUGCGACCAGUCCCAGAGAAUACUGUUAGUCAGUUCAGGGACGAUGAUGUUCAAAAAGCUACGAUCCAAUGGUCGGGCGAGGGGGUGCUCCAUAAAGCUUGUCCAUCAUUGACCGAAACGGAAAGAUUGACCGUCUCCGCCGUGGAAGUUUCAGAGCAUCGCCGCGUCAUUGCCUUUCGCACCGUCAAUCUAGGCCCCUGAUCCUUUGGCUUCAUUCGUUUAUCCUUCCCGCUUCCCCCUUGGCUCCAUUUUGUUUUCCCUCUUUCUCUCUUCCUUUUCUUUCCUUCUUUCUUUAUCUUACAAUGCUCUCGACCUAUUCACGCGUCAUUCCGUCUUCGCCGACGCGAUGACCCUACCCAGUUGUUCGAGAUGGCGCCUGCGAUUAGGUAGCUUCCUCUACCUGUUCUACUUCGUGGGAUUCAUGAGCUUCGCCUGUAUCGUCGCCAUCUGGUAUGGCGUCAAUUCCGAUCGAGACUAUAUUCACCCGCUGUUGACCCAACUGAUCCCCGCCGGGCACUGUGCGUGCCAAACGUCGACGACCUUCCAGUGCUCGACCUGCCUGUCCUGCUCCGAGCAUAGUCUGGUCCCGCAGCUGACCUCCGCCCCGAAAUGGGAAUUCAACUCGGAUCGCGAUGCAAACAAUGAGGGCCUGACAACACCCCAGUGCAAGGCCGCAUUCCCAGGACUCUACGAGGAUGUCUUCCGCGCCGAGAGCUUUUGGCGGUCCCAAGGCGCUCUUGCGACCGAGGACCUGGAUCGCAUUCCCUUAGGAUUUGGGAUGGCCCGAGCAUUUAUUUCUCGCGGCGAGCUGUAUGUAGUUGCGGCGCGGGCCAAGCAAGAGGAUCAUCGACGAAAGAUUGUGGCGGCAUUAAGCUCCAUCCAUCGCGCGCUGGUCGCGGAUUUCGACCGAGCUGCUCGCCGCGACAUCGAGUUUGUUUUCUCGGUGGAGGAUAAGGUCGAAGAUGUCACGAGCUCCGACAAUCCAGUCUGGGUUCUUGCACGGUCUGCCUCUGAGCAAGGCGUCUGGCUGAUGCCCGACUUCGGGUUCUGGGCGUGGGAUAACCCGCUAAAUUCGAUUGGACCCUUUGACCAAGUCGUCGAACGUGUCAAGAGAGCCGAUAUUCCAUGGUCGGAGAAAACCCCGCAGUUGGUUUGGCGCGGCAAACCUAGUUUUGCCCCCAAGCUGCGCCGCGCGUUGAUGGAUGCCGCUCGGGAUAAGCCGUGGGGUGACGUCAAGCAAGUGGAUUGGUUUGAGCGGACGAACAUUAUGUCGAUGGAAGACCACUGCCGGUAUAUGUUUAUCGCGCACGUUGAAGGCCGCUCAUACUCCGCUUCACUGAAAUACCGUCAGGCCUGCAACUCGGUAAUCGUGGCGCAUAAAUUGCAGUAUAUCCAGCACCAUCAUUAUCUCCUCGUACCAGACGGCCCGAAUCAAAACUACAUCGAGGUUGAGCGAGACUUCAGCGAUCUUGCGAGCAAGAUUGAACCCCUCCUCGACGAUCCGAGUACGGCACAGCGGAUCGCCAACAAUAGCGUGCGCACCUUCCGGGAGCGCUAUUUGACGAAGGCCGCCGAAGCAUGCUACUGGCGUCAGCUUUUCGAGGGAUACCGACACGUCUGGAACAGCAGCGUCCCAGUGUGGUCGGACACGUAUCAGCGGGAACGGGGUCUCCGAUACGAGUCGUUCGUCUUGAUGGAUAGUCAGAUGAUGUUUGAUUUUCGCGCGACGGGCGACAUGCCAUGAUGAUUUUGCAAGCAAUAUUCGAGCGAUCUACGCAUUCACGGAGUUUGGAGUCUGGGAUAUGAUCAACUUCUGCGGCUAUUUAGCCUUUGAGAUACCAAUCGAGCGUGGUUAUGUGAUUCAAGAUGCUUUAUAGAC